AAAAGUUGAAAAAUUUGUACGCAAAAUUUUUCCAAAAGCUAAUUUUUUGUUUAUUUCUUAGAAAAAACCUAUAUAUAUGUUUCUAUAACUUAUUAAUAAAACCAUUAAACCUUUAUUCCUAGUAUUUACUGAUGAAAAAUAUAAAAAUAUAUUCAAGAAACUUACUACAAAACUAUUUUGAAUGAAAACACAAAAAUGUGCCCAUAAGAACAGUAUAAAAAAAGAAAAACUCCGGUUGGGAAAUGCUCACGUAGAUUGAUUUCCUGUUUUUUUUUUUACAAAUUUGCAUAUGAUUAUUUUCAUUUCAUUACCAAAUUCAUUUCUUCAUUAUGUAUUCGGAGUGGGCUUCGCUAUCUUCGACUAUUGCAUCGAAUAGUGCCGAAGCACAAUCUUCGAGUGUGCUAAAUAAAUUUCCAGCUUCAGCGGGCAAAGAAGUCGCUGUUUCGGUUGUUAAGCAGCUGGCAUCCAAUUUGGGUAUAACACAAAAUGCUGAACCAAGUCAUUUGGUUAAAGAUGAAGAGGUGACUUGGUGUAUGGAUGUCAUUUGUUUUGGUUUAUCACUGCCACUACAAGAACAUGAAACUAUUAAAGAUUGCGUUAAUGUGUACUGUGAAUGGUUGACUGCAUUACAUCCAAAUCCAAGAAUAAGUGUCCCAAAACCGAUUUGCGAUGAUCCAAAUAUGUAUUGCCGGAAAGUCAUCAGUCACCUUCAUAAUCUUUUUGUUCCACGGCAAGGAGAAAUCUUACCUUUUUUGUAUCAACCACUGGGUGCUGAUAAAAUCAAUCGACAAGCAGUUCUUUGUCAUCGAGUUCUGCGAACCCUCCAACAAACUGCACAAAUAUCACAAACAAUGAAUCGUGACACAUGGGAAUCGUUACUUUUGUUCCUGCUGGCAAUCAAUGAAAUCCUUUUGGCUCCGCCAACAGUCAAAGAUGAUGUAGGUGAUCAGCUUUGUGAACGUGUGCUCAGUGUACUCUUUGAAGUUUGGCUCUUGGCAUGUGUCCGGUGCUUUCCAUCGCCAUCAUUGUGGAAGACGCUUCAAGAAUCCUGUUUACUUUGGAGACAUCGAAUAGCUUUAAUCGAACAAUGGAAUCGAGUAAAUUUAGCUUUAACCUCACGAUUAAUAAAUUUUAUGUAUGGACCUACAUUUCCCGAACUCAAAAUCUCUGAUGAAGAUGCACAACUAAUCCCAAGUGGAAUAACAAAUGACUGCAUUGCACAAACAUGGUAUCGCUUCCUGCGGACAAUUGGAAAUCCAACAGCUCUAUGCUAUCCGCAUGUUAUAAGCAAGUCUUCACAUUUUAUGCAAUGGGCUCUGACACGCGACAAAGGUGCUGAACCCUAUCAACAUCCAUGUUUACUGCUCCUUCCUCAAAUAUUCCUCAAGGCGAUAAAAGGAAUCUCAUCACAAGUCGAUGCAUUCUUGGGUAUCUAUCAGCCAUCGCAUAGCCACGAUGAAAAUAUCACAAAUCUAAUGGACAUUCGUUCAUCAUUGAGCGAUGCCAUUCACGGUAGCGGUUCUGGUUUAAAUCAUAAUACUCAUCAUUUGUUUGGUUUUAGUACUGGUGCAGGUGGUGGUAGUAGUAGUAAAUCGGGAGCCACCGAAGGUAGUGGCUCUUCGUUUCUUAGUGGCUUAAGUGGCAAUACGGCCACACAUGCUCUUAACGCUAUAAUUGGCCAUCACCAUCAUUCGUCUAGUGCUAGCAGUAGUUCGUCGUAUGGAACUCCAUUAACAUCAACAACCUCGGGUUUAGGUAGUAGUGUUGCAACAGGAGAACAUUUACCACAUUCACCAACGCCACCAUUGCAAAGGCGUUUGGCCAAAUCUUUUAGUGUGGCGCCAUCUAUAUCACAACAAAAGGGUUUAAGUAAAGCAGCAUUGAUUGGGUUGACCAGUUCUCGUUCACAAAGCACUCAACCGCCACUCACACCAACAUCUGGACCUCCAUCUUCGAGUAGUUUAAAUUCUCUUCCAUCCAUGGGUUCGGAGCCACGACCACCAUUGGCACCAACUCGUCCAUUGUGCAAUAGUGUACUUCAUCUAUUUGGUGAAUGGUUAUUUGAAGCUGCUUAUAUUGGUGGUGAAUCAUGGUUGGCGAAUGCAAAGCGUCAAGCUUCUGAGGCCAGCAAACGACCAUCAUCAAUGGUAAUGGAGAAUCGUAAGGGGAGCAUUUCAUUGUCACAUCCCAAUUCUAAUAAUGAUCCUGCAAAUCUUCCCCGAGGAUUGACAAUAGAUAAAUUCGAAUCAGGACGUGCCGAAGCAAUUGGAGCUCUCUGUAAGAUAUUCUGUUCGAAGAAAACUGGUGAAGAGAUACUCCCCGUUUAUUUGGCACGUUUCUACAUGGCUCUACAGCAGUGCAUGAAGAUAGUUGAAAGCAAAGAGUGUGAUGAAACUUUGGCAUCAAUUCUGUUGAACUCUUCAGAUUUGUUCCGUUUAGAUUUAGAUGGAAUUCAUGUUCUAUUACCAGCAUUUAUAUCGGCUUUGGAAGUUGUGCUGCCUGAUAAAGAUUUAAAAAUAAAAUCCCUGGCAGUGAACUACAACAGAAUAGAAUUACGAAGAGCUUCGAUUAAUAUUUUACUUUCGAUGCUAGCGCUGCCAUUGCAUUUUCAGACUUUACAAAUUCGUGAUUUAAAUAAUGAACAUCCAGAAAAAAUUUUGACUUUUAUCCAGCUUAAGCCGCGCCUGGUGAAUAUUCUAAUGAAUGCCCUACAAGUAGAAACCGAUGCACAAAAUACCCACAUGCUGUUGGGUGGACUUCUACUAACCGUUCAGGACUCUGUUAAUUUUGAGGAAAAUGAAAUGAAAAGAGAUGAGCCCACAUCUUCGCCGCCGCCAGGCGAAACAAACAUCUUCAGUUCAGCCUGUUCAGAAAGAUCAGCUUCGAUAGCAAGUGGCGGAAACAUUAGUUUGGGUCCGCAGAGUACAGCGAAUAUUGGAAGUGUUAAUGCAUCAGGAGGAAGUGGACAUUUUGCUAAAACUUCGUUUGGACGUGAUAGUUCUUCGCAACAUGAUUAUCCCAGUUUGACUGUCUCUGAUGAUUUCCCUGUGGAAUUAUUGCAAGAAUUUGAGACAGCUUCGGUCUAUGACAAUGCACAUGCUCUCUUUGUACGAGCCACAUACCUUGUGUGUCAUCGUUUAAUUUCAUCAUGGAAGACUGAUCUCAAUGUAUCACUAGCAGCGCUCGAGCUCCUUUCGGGGCUUGCGCGUCUCGAGAUUCGGGAUUCAGAACAAUUAGUAGCAAUUGAAGAACCAAGUCAAAAUCUAACGAUCAUUUCCACAGACGCUCUAGAAUGCAAGCGAGCGGUGAAGUGGAUAUGUGACUACAUCUGUUAUCAAUGUUCGAGACCACCGCCUGCCCAUAGCAAGGAUCUGCAUAGUACCAUUGUUGCUGCAUUCCAAUGCACAUCUGCUUGGCUAAUGCAACAUCCAUAUCUGCUGCAGGAUCAAGAUUGCUUUAAAACUGUGAUUGAAGUUGUCGAAUUGGGUAUAUCGGGAUCGAAGAGUAUUGGCAAACCUGGUGAGCCUCCAAAAUACAAAGAUCAAAAGGAAUUGAAACCAGUUUCGAUGAGGGUUAGAGAUGCUGCUGAUAUCCUUUUGACAAUCAUCAUGGAACAAGUUGGUUAUUUUCCAAAAGAAUGUGGUGCCUCUGAGACAAUUUCGUCUUUGUUGGAUGAAGUUAGAUUGGUCAAGUUUUGUAAUUCGGUUGAUGCUAAAACUGUGACCACAGAACAGGCUAUACAAAAGUUUAAGUAUUUUGUAACGGAAAAUAACUCCAUUCUCGCUUUGCUGGAGGAGCCGCUGGGAAAUGUUGAGGAUCCACAACCUUCUCUUACAUUACUCCUACGAAGUCCUUUUGGUCGACAUGUGUGGAAUCUUCAAAUGCGUUACCUUCCGCGCAGUAAAUCUGGCAAAAAACACACUCCUGUGAAUCCAGGACGACCGGUACCAAUGAACGAUCCUCCCAAGCGGGUAGAAGUCAUUCAAAAAAACUACCCCGAUGGCGUGGAAAAGGCCAAACCAUGUGCUGCAGAUUUCUCCAUUCCCACUUUGGAUAAAGUGCGUGAGCAAUAUGGUUCUGAUUUAAUGAAUCAUUGGGAUAAGUUAAUCGAAAAUCAAGCAAUUCAAGAAAAACAAUGUUGGAAAGCAAUUGAAAAUUCAGGUGAAGUAUUACAUCGUACGCCCGAGUGUGUUCCUCCAACACCGGUUCAUGAAUAUCAAACAGCUCGUUUGUUCCUAUCACAAUUUGGAUUUAUUUCCUACGAACCGGAAGAGAAAAUGAGUGAAAUUCCAGGCUAUCGGCAACUUAUUGCUUUAGAUUCAGAUCGGAAGAACUUUGCUCAAGAUAUCAAUUUUUUAGAUAGAUUGAGUACAAGAAGUCAUGAUACAGUUCAUGUGUUUUAUAUGAAAUCUGGACAAAAGACAGCUGAAGAAAUUAUUGGCAAUAUGAAUGCAGAAAAUAUUAAAUCACUGAGUCACAAUUUUGGGAAGAUGUUAUUGACUCUAGGUUGGCCAGUGGAUAUACAAGAUCAUUGUGGAUGGACGGGGUCUGUUUCAACCAGCUGGAUACUGAGAAAUAAAAAUGAAAAACCUCGAGAGGAAUCAAAUGACUUGAGAUUCAAUGGAAAGUCUAGUGUUUUGUAUUGGGCUGAUGUAAGUUCAGAAAUAGCUUUUGUAGUUCCAACAGAAUUCAAUCGACAAAAACAGACAACGACUAGUACUUUAACAACGACAACGGAUGGAAGUUGUUUGUCGCAUUCGGCAAGUGAUAAAAGUGUAUGGAAUGAAAAAAAUGUUUCAGCAGAUGCUGCAAGUAGUAAAUCCACAGUAACGGGGGCAAAACCGCGAACUUUAUCACUCGAAUUAGAUCAAUCAAAAGAACCAAUUCCACCGACAAGACGAAAAAAUGUUACCAAGCCAUUGUUGCUGCCACAGCCACCUGCGAAGAUUUUAGUUAUAUGGAUUGAGAGUUAUGAAGAUCAUCUUAAUUUUCCAAUUGACGAUCUCCUGUGUUACACUUCAACUGGUGAGGAAUCUCAAAUAUCACAAACUCCAAAGGCCAGUGAUUGUCAUGUGAUAUUUUUGCAUGCUCUGCAGUCUGGAUUACUGCGAGUUAAAUUACAAGGUCCAAGUGGUCGUAUGAGUUUUGCGACACCUCUAGUCGAUGGUAUGGUGCUAAGUCGACGAGUUGUUGGUAAUUUGGUGCGACAGACGGCACAUAAUAUGGCCAAACGAAGACGGUUAGAUCAUGAUGGUUUCCAACCACCCCAUGUCAGACGCCGACUUAAAGUUCAAGAUAUAAUUCAAAAAUACAAAUUUAAUUUUACACAGCCGGAACUGAUAGCACAUCUUUUCAAAAAAUCAGCGUAAUGUAGUUUUUUUUUUUUAACCCAGUAUUAAUACGGCAAAACAAAACGAAAACAGUUUACAUAUAUAUAAUAUAUUUAUAGUCUUAUUUUUUCACUCACUUCCUAAUCUAUAUUACUUUCUAUUAUUAAUUUUAAAUUAAUUAUUAUGAUUAUUAUUGUUAAAGCAUUUAUAAUUGUUUGUUUUAUUUUUUUUUGAAAUUUUAAUUUAAUUAAAUUAAUUGUGGUGUAUGGUCAAUCAUAAAAAAUGAU